GCUAUAGUAGGAUUUAUCGUAGUAGCAAUGCAGAAGUGCUUGUCGUCACCGAGGCGACUGGACCUGAGAGGACUAGCUCGGUUAGCUGGCUAACUGGCAGCUCUGUUGAAAUGUGAGAAACUUGGAAACUUAAUACGGAUUUAGAAACGACAACUCCGGAAUAUUCUGAGAGGGCUUCCAGUUUAGUCAGCACUCGGGCCAGUCAUCAUGGAGGUGAACGGAACCACUAACAUCUUGAGCUCCGCCUACUUGGCAGCAGAGUACGUGGACGCGGUUUUACCGGAGAACCCUCUCCAGCCGUCCCUGAAACACGCCUGGGACUACAUGCUGAACAACUACACCAAGUUCCAGAUCGCCACCUGGGGCUCGCUCUUCGUCCACGAGUUUGUCUACUUCCUGUUCUGCCUCCCAGGUUUCAUCUUCCAGUUCCUGCCCUUCAUGCAGAAGUACAAGAUCCAGCAGGACAAGCCUGAGACCUGGGAGAAGCAGUGGCGAUGCUUCAAGAUGCUUCUCUUCAACCACUUCUGCAUCCAGCUCCCACUGAUCUGCGGGACCUACUACUUCACCGAGUUCUUCAACAUCCCGUACGACUGGGACUCCAUGCCCCGCUGGACGUACCUGCUGGCUCGGUGCUUCGGCUGUGCCGUCAUCGAAGACACCUGGCACUACUUCCUCCAUCGGCUGCUGCAUCACCGCAGGAUCUACAAAUACAUUCACAAAGUCCACCAUGAGUUCACAGCUCCCUUCGGCAUGCAGGCAGAGUACGCGCACCCUGCUGAGACCAUCAUCCUGGGGGCCGGAUUCUUCAUCGGCAUCAUGAUCUUCUGUAACCACGUCUUCUUCCUCUGGGCCUGGGUGUCCUUCCGUCUGCUGGAGACCAUCGAUGUCCACAGUGGCUACGACAUCCCCCUGAACCCGCUCCACCUCAUCCCCUUCUACGCCGGCACCCGCUUCCACGACUUCCACCACAUGAACUUCGUGGGGAACUACUCCUCCACCUUCACCUGGUGGGACAAGCUGUUCCAGACGGACAACCAGUACAACAAGUACAUGGAGAAGCAGGGCGAGAAGAAGGAGCAGUGAGGAGGUGGAGACUGAGGUCGCACUGAUGUGUCUGCCGUGCCUUUGGGCUGAGACGGUUUCAACCACCAGGAGCAAAUAAAACCGUGUGUCGCCCUGUUUGUCACCACACUUCUGUUUCUUCUCACACUUCCCCUUGAUAAACCCUGAGUCAGAGUGACUCCUGCACUUGAGAGGAACUGUUUUUUUAGAUGCUCCUGUGGCUGCAUUUUAUUCCAAGUCUGAGUGUAUUUGUUGAUAAAAGAAAGGGAAUGUUUUUUGAGGUCAG